AUGUCUUCCAUUUUUUGUUGCGCUUCUCCAUCUCCUUAUCGACCGGCCCAUCUAACGCACGAGGCCAAGUUUGGCCCAUUUAUUACUUGGGCCAAAGGAUCUGAAUCAACCCCCUCUGCCGCUUCAGCUUCGUUCUUCCAGGAUCCUGAUAAUCUACCACCUUACGCGAUUCAGUUUGUUCGACAAGUCAAUUUUGGUGCUAUCGAGGCCAAAAGAUAUUUCAUCCCUCACUCCGAACUAAGUGGGGGUCGGGUUGAAUUCUUGGAGAUUACCGAGCAAGAUUUGAUCGCUGCGAAUUUCCAGAAGCUCAAUUCGUACAAGAACUUCAAGUGCAUAACGCACAACAAAUUUUUCGAAGUGAAUCUGUACCAAAAGGACCCAGUUAAUCAGCACCAUUGGCGAUUGAAUAUUGCUCGGCCAGCUAGUGAUAUUGAUCUUUAG